CAUCGCUCCGUGCGCUGUGUUAUUCUGAGUGACAGUGUUCUGGAAAUCCCCCACCUAGUCGUUAGCUCCGCCCCGCUGCAGCAGAGGGCAUUAACAGCCUGCCGCACAACUCCGCCCGUAGACGACCAAGCGCUCCUCGUCCCGAAUAAACAAGCCCCCAUGGCCCUCCGCAGGACCAGUAUAUUAAACCAAAUGGACUACGGCCGCGAGUCGAAAGACGGGAAGCCGGCUCCGUCGACGGAGGAGCGGCUGGACAGCGGCCUGGACUCGCUGAAGGAGGAGGAGUACCAGGCUGUGGCGGCCGAGAUCCGCCUGCUGCAGCUGGAGUGCGAGCCGCCGCAGCACGGACAGGCUGCCCCGGGAGCCGGAGAGCCGCACGAAUGGAAAACGCAAAUCACGGAGGACGGAGACACGCUGCUCCACCUGGCCAUCAUCCACGAGGCCAAGGACUACAUCAGUACCAUGAUAGACCUGUCCAAGAACACAGACUUCCUCAACACACAGAAUGACCAGAGACAGACUCCUCUCCACUUAGCUGUAAUAACGAACCAGGCACUUGUUUGCCAGCGCCUGCUGGCGUCCGGCUGCGACCCCACGCUCGUGGACGACAGUGGGGACACACCUCUUCACAUCGCCUGUCGCCACGGCAACCUGCUGUGCUUCAGCGUCCUCGUGCAGAACUGUCCUCCGGAGCAUCUGUCCACGGUGAUGGCUGCCUGCAACUAUCACGGUCAGAACUGCCUCCACCUGGCCUCAGUCCAGGGUUUCUUGUCCCUGGUGGAGAACAUGGUGGAUCUCGGAGCUGACAUUAACUCAAAGGAGCAGCGGAACGGUCGCAGUGCGCUGCACCUGGCCGUGGACCAGCAGAAUCUUUCGCUGGUCAAACUGCUGCUGAAGAAAGGAGCGGACCCCAACCUCCUGACCUCCGGGGGCCACACUCCCUUCCACCUCACCUACGGCCGCAAUGACAACGACAUUCGGAAAGAGCUCUACUCGCUGACCGACCCCGCCUUGCGGGACCUCCCCGACAGCGAGUCGGACAACAGCGAGGAAGAGGAGGACGAGUCCGACGAGGAGGUGGGUUACGACGACAUACAGUGGAACGGGCAUUAGCAGCGAUGGGGGUGGCGGUUACAGAGGCAGGAGGAUGCGAUGAUGACAUGGGCCCGACAGCGUUGGAGGUGGGAAGCGGCGCGUUGACAGCUGAUGGACGAGUCGGCCCCGGGCCGCAGGAGGACAAACACGGCGAGCUGUGACAAGUUUUGCUCUACAAUGAAGAGACGAUGGAUCAUAUUCUGUGGAAAACGCAAAUCAUACGUCACAGAAACCUGAAGAGAAGAACAUCAUCCAUCCACACAGAUGUACCUGCAACACCUCUGUUGUAUGAUAUUGUAAAUGCUGUGUAUACAAAGAUGUAUUUUUUAUGGAAGCUGUGAAUGUGUACAUUCAAGCAGGUUGUACAUGUCCAGCACACACCAGUUAAAUUAAAGACACUCAUAUUUAACAGAUAAA